AGCCCAGCCCCGCAGUCCGCCUACUCUACUCCCCCGCCUGCCACCGUCUCUCUCUCUCUCUCUCGGUCCGCCUGCAGCAUUCGACAUCCCAGCGAGGAUUUUUCACUACAGAGAUGGCUGCGAAAGUGUGUAGAACAGUGCUCCUCUUGACCAGGAGCAGCGGCGCUGUGGUCACCGGGCUCCCGGCACUCGCUAUCUCAUCACAGCGGCACCACCAGCACAUAAGAUCGGACCAGCCUGUCAGGAGAGCACAUGGCCUGCGGUCAGCCUCCCGCUCUGCACUGUUCACCCAGACUCCCACCAGCCUCUCAACCGCCCUCUCAACCCAGGGAUGGAGGGGUGCCCCCUCAUGGCAGGGCCAGAGACUACUGAGUUCCUCCACCGCUCCAGAAGAGGUGACGGUGGUGUACCAGAAUGGACUGCCGGUGAUCUCGGUCAGUUUGCCGUCCCGUAGGGAGCGAUGCCAGUUCACUCUGAAGCCCCUCAGUGACUGUGUUGGGGUGUUCCUCACACAGCUGCAGACAGAGGACAGGGGUAUCGACCGAGUGGCCAUCUACUCUACAGAUGGGGCGAGGGUAGCCUCUUCUACAGGGAUAGACAUCCUGCUGUUGGAUGACUUCAACCUGGUCAUCAACGACGUUACGCACCUGGUUCGACCGCCACGGAGAGAUCUCCUAGCCAAUGACGAGGCAGAACGUCUGAACGACGUUAAGUUCCUGGUUCAGCAGCUCUACACCACCAUGCGUAUAGAAGUGCAUCAGCUUAGUAAAGAGAAGGAACUGGUGGUCAGACUAGAGGACCUCAACUCACAGCUAAGUCCUCUAGAGAAGGUGAGGGAGGAGCUGAGUCGUAAGGCGGAGCGUCGUACCACCUGGGUGCUGUGGGGGGGCAUGGCCUACAUGGCAACACAGUUUGGGAUCCUGGCGCGUCUCACCUGGUGGGAGUACUCCUGGGACAUCAUGGAGCCUGUCACCUACUUCAUUACCUACGCUACCGCCAUGGCUAUGUACUCCUACUACGUACUCACACGCCAGGAGUACAUCUACCCAGACGCCAGGGACAGACAGUACCUGCUGUUCUUCCACAAGGGGGUGAAGAGACAACGCUUUGACAUCUACAAGUACAACGAGCUGAAGGACUCUAUCGCUGAGGUGGAGUUAGAUCUGAAACGCCUGAGGGACCCCCUCCAGCUCCAACUUCCUGUCCAGCAACUCACCGCCGCCAGCAAAGAUUGAUGGGAAGAGUGUCCUCCUCUGCUUUCUUCAUCUCUCCCUCCACUCCUCCAUCCUUCCUUUCCUUACCCUCCUCCAUCCCUCCUUUCCUUACCCUCCUCCGCUCCUCCAUCCCUCCUUUCCUUGCCCUCCUCCCCUUACCC